GGAGGACGUAACGUUGUCCACUAGAUGGCGGUAAUGAUUUAGCUUCCUGUCUGAUACCCGGAAGUAUUUUCAGAAUUUUUUUUUCCCCCUGUAUUUUGUUUUUCCGGUAUUUCAAACACGCGACGAAUAACUUUCAGCUGGUCGUGACUUGGAGCUGAUGGGGGACGAAAAAGACACCUGGAAGGUUAAAACACUCGAUGAAAUUUUACAAGAGAAAAAACGCAGACGAGAGCUUGAGGAGAAGACAGAACCUAAGCGCAUGAAAAACCCGGAUGAUCGGGAAUCCAUACGUGACACUCCAGAAGAAGGAGAAUUACGGGACCACAGGAUGGAAAUACAAAUACGCAACUCUCCAUACUUAAGGGAGGACUCGACAGAAGACAGAGGAGAAGAAGAUGAUUCGCUAGCUAUUAAACCCCCCCAGCAGAUGUCCAGAAAAGACAAGUCGUACCACAGGAAAGAAGAGAAGCGGAAGGAUAAAAGGAGACGCAGGAGCCACUCUGCAGAAGGAGCAGGAAAGCACAUCCGAGUAAAGGACAAAGAGAAGGUACGAGAGAACGAUCGGCGGAAGCGACCGUGGCAGGACGACACCACUGUUCGCAGGGACUACGAUCGACAGAAACGCCGUGAUCAGGCCAGGGCCCAUUCGCGCAGGGAGAGGGACCGUCUGGAGCAGCUGGAGCGCCAGCGUGAGAGAGAGAGGAAGCUGCGCGAGCAGCAACAAAAGGAGCAGAGAGAGCAACGCGAGCAGAAAGAGAGGGAAAGGAGGGCUGAGGAGAGACGCAAGGAGCGGGAGGCACGACGCGACGGUCCUCCUUCACACCAUCGAGGCAGUAGCCUGGAGGAUUACGGAGACAAACUCAAGUCUAGGCACCGCAGUCGGAGCCGAAGUCCUGUUCGUCUACAGAGAGAGCAAAGACCCGAGAGUAGUGAACAGAGACGACCAGAAAGGACUCAAGAACUUUCAGACUGGCUGGACAAUAUUGUGAAAGAAGAAAAGACUGAGGAUUUACUGGCUGAUCUUCAGGAUAUCAGUGACAGUGAGAGAAAGACUAGUACAGCAGAGUCUUCAAUAGGCUCUGCGUCUGGUUCGGAGGAGGAGGAGGAGGAGGAGGAUGAAGAAGAGCAGUCGAGUAGCCAGAGCGAGGAAAAUGAAGAGGGAGAGUCAGGAUCAGAUUCUGAAGGAUCUGAUCAGAGUGCAGAGGACGUGAGCGAAGAGGAGCAGUCAGAAGAGGAGGAAGAUGAAAGAGAGAAUGGCAGCCACAUACCUGCUGUUCCAGAGUCACGGUUCGAUCACGACUCGGAAGAGAGUGUUGAGGAAGACGAGGGUGAGGAAGUAGACGCAGGAGACGUGACCCCCCAGUCUCAUUCUCAGUCAGCCACACCAGAGGAAAAUUACAUCCCAGAUUCGCCACCAGUCUCGCCUGUAGAGCUGAAAAAAGAGCUGCCUAAAUAUCUGCCUGCUUUACAGGGCUGCCGUAGCGUGGAGGAAUUCCAGUGUCUGAACCGUAUAGAAGAAGGCACGUAUGGCGUGGUGUACAGAGCCAAGGACAAGAAAACGGAUGAAAUCGUAGCUCUUAAAAGGCUGAAAAUGGAGAAAGAGAAAGAGGGAUUUCCAAUCACCUCCCUCCGAGAGAUCAACACCAUCUUAAAGGCCCAACACCCCAACAUUGUCACUGUCAGGGAGAUAGUUGUAGGCAGUAAUAUGGACAAGAUCUACAUAGUGAUGAAUUAUGUAGAACAUGACCUGAAGAGUCUCAUGGAAACCAUGAAACAGCCCUUUCUACCAGGCGAAGUGAAGACUCUGAUGAUUCAGCUUCUAAGAGGAGUUCGUCAUCUCCAUGACAACUGGAUUCUGCAUCGUGACCUUAAGACCUCCAACCUCUUGCUGAGCCACAAGGGCAUUUUAAAAAUUGGUGAUUUUGGCUUGGCACGGGAGUAUGGUUCUCCGCUGAAACCUUACACACCAGUGGUGGUCACUCUGUGGUACCGUGGCCCAGAGCUACUUUUGGGAGCAAAGGAAUACUCCACAGCUGUGGACAUGUGGUCAGUGGGCUGCAUAUUUGGAGAGCUGCUCACCCAGAAACCACUCUUCCCAGGGAAAUCCGAGAUUGACCAGAUCAACAAAGUAUAUAAGGACCUCGGCUCUCCCAGCGAGAAGAUUUGGCCAGGCUACAACGAGCUGCCUGCGGUGAAGAAAAUGACUUUUACAGAAUAUCCCUAUAACAACCUGCGCAAGCGCUUCGGAGCUCUACUCUCAGACCAAGGCUUCGACCUCAUGAACAAAUUCCUCACGUACUGCCCCGCCAAGAGGAUCAGCGCUGACGAUGCUUUGAAGCACGAGUAUUUUCGGGAAACGCCGCUCCCCAUCGAGCCCUCCAUGUUCCCGACUUGGCCGGCAAAGAGCGAACAGCAGCGGGUGAAAAGAGGAACAAGCCCGCGACCCCCGGAGCCAGGCCUGGGAUACAGCCAGCUGGGUGAUGACGAUCUGAAAGACACUGGAUUCCAUCUGACGACGGCCAACCAAGGACUAUCCAAGUCAGGCCCAGGAUUUAGUCUAAAGUUUUGAGGUAAAAACCAAGAGCCACAGGAAUUUUUUUUUGUUCGUUGUGGCACCUAUGCCAGGACUUAGUUUGAAACAGAAUCCCUGAAAGCUGACCAAAUUUUCCUCUGAGCCUCCCUGAUGAAAACUGUUCAAAAUAGUAGAAAGAUGGAGACACCCAAGUGCUCUCUGUUGAUCUACUUAAGAAAACUAACUGCUCCUCUGUCACACACAAUCCCAAAUUGGGGUUCUGGCUUCGGAUAUUAAUAAAUUGUCCCCACCCCCUCAUUCAUUCAUUUCUGUUUGUCCCGUUUGUGUUCGUCUACAGGUUUUAGCUUCCACUUUAUGAUCCUUUCUGGAUUUGAGGUUUUGUUUGUUUGUUUUGUUUUAAGCAACAAAGGACUGUUCAAAUGUAAAACCACAUUCAAGCCUACACACGCUGGAUUCAUAACUGGAGUUGUUUAAUAAUGUGGUUUGCCAAAACUGUUGCUCAUUGAAACAGGUGAUAUUGCUUUGUAAGAAAUAAACUAUUUCCAAGACUA